UGCUGAAUUUCAGGGGGAGCGUGGUGGCAUAAGCUUCACAAGCAGAGAGCGAGAGAGAGAGGGCGAGCGAAAGGGAGCGGGUGAGAGAGGAAGCACAGGAAGAGGGGAUCGAACGUUAGGAUGUGUGACGAGUGUGUACCAGAACUGCUGAAAGACGAGAGCACCAUCACGGCACCACUGUGUCCUCCCAGCUGAAAGAGGGACCACACAGUGACGUGUUUGUGUACGUGUGCCAUUCCGAGCCACGGUCAGACCCCAGGUGACGGACCGGGAGGCAGAGCGGCGCCCAAAGCACUCCCUUCUCUCUGCCUGUCCCACACCUCCACCCCUUCCCCUCUCUGUAUAGCAGGACCAGAACAGCGCGUGUUCCAAACCUUCCCCAGGCUGGGAUGUGAGCCCUUGUCCUUCUGGUGAAUGGCAUAGAACCCAACCCGUGCUGAGAGCUCCGGGAGGCCAACUUGCGGAGAGAGACACGCCCUCGGACACGCCGUUGGGGUGGUCUCUGAAGCCCCGUCCCCGGGAGGCCGCGGUGCAGAAGCACAGGUACAGCGAGGGAGGGAGGGAGGGAGCAGCGCCCCCUACUGGUAGAGCAGAGCAGCACUGCACAGCACAGGAGACAUUAUUAUUGUUACAUUACUAACUUUCCCUCGAAUCACACACCUCCCGGCAGUACCGCAGCAUAGCCCGCACACAGACCGAAGUAGCAUGCCCCCCCCUCGCCCCGCCCUGCUGCUGGGGCCCCCCCCUCGCCCCGCCCUGCUGCUGGGGCUGCUGCUGGCCCUGUGGGGGCCCUCGGGGGCCCGCGGGCAGAACGACACCGAGCCCAUCGUGCUGGAGGGGAAGUGCCUGGUGGUGUGCGACUCCACGCCGUCCUCGGAGCCGGCGGGAAACGCACUGGGCAUGUCAGUGCGCUCGGGCACUGGCCGCGUCGCCUUCUCCGCCACCCGCCAGACCAACCACGAGCCCACAGACAUGAGCAAUCGCACCAUGAUCAUCUACUUCGACCAGAUUCUGGUAAAUGUGGGAGGUCACUUUGACCAGGAGAGCAGCGUCUUUCUGGCACCCAGGAGGGGGGUUUACAGCUUCAACUUCCACGUGGUCAAAGCCUACAACAGGCAGACCAUACAGGUCAGUCUCGUGCUGAAUGGAUGGCCGGUGAUCUCAGCCUUUGCUGGUGACCAGGACGUGACUCGGGAGGCUGCCACCAACGCAGGGCUGGUUACCAUGGAGAGGGGGGACAAGGCCUACCUGAAGCUGGAGAGGGGGAACCUGAUGGGGGGGUGGAAAUACUCCACGUUCUCCGGCUUCCUGGUCUUCCCCCUGUAGAACCCGAGAACACAGCAAUACAGGAAGACCGGGGCACAACGACACAGCCACACACUCACACAGGAACACAGGAACACAGCCACACACUCACACAGUAACACA